AUGAAGAUACCAGACGACAUAGCAGUGACAAAAAGUGGAGAUCUAGUUUAUACUGAUUACAGUGAUAGAACUGUGAACAUUGUGAACAAUGAGAAGAUAGAGGUGAUCAGAGCUGGGGACCUUAAGGUUGAUUAUACAAAACAAGCAAAAGUUGUCCGAUACCAUGGCGCCAUAAAGAAAGAAACCAUUCAGUUUUCUAAUAAAGGUAAACCUCUCUAUUCUGAUUCUGAAGAAAAAUACAUAACAGAGAACAGGAACCUGGAUAUCUGUAUUUCUGACAGUGAAGCUAAAGCAGAAGUGGUGUUUAAUCGAGGAGGAAAACUGAGAUUUAGGUACAAUGGACAAACUCCUGCUCCAGAGAACGAACCAUUCAGUCCACAAGGAAUCACAACAGACAGUCAGAGUCACAUCCUUACAGCAGAUUAUAAUAAUCACUGUAUCCACAUCAUAGACCAGGAUGGGCAGUUCCUCCGUUACAUAGACUAUGGGCUUAUUUAUCCCUGGGGACUAUGUACAGAUACAAAUGACAAUCUGUUUGUUCCUGAAUGGCAAAACAAUAAAGUGAAGAAAAUCAAAUAUCUGCAAACGAUUGAUUUAUUGUAA